AUGAAUGGUAUCCUAAAAGAUCUAGGAUUCGAAAUCUACCCAAUGAAAGUGGAAUGGUACAACAAUGUUGUUGAAGAGAAAUACCAUUUACCCUACGAUCCUGAUACAGUCGCAAUUGUAGUCCUCAGUACCCCAGACAUGUUUGAUCUUGCCUUCAAGCCAUUUCUCCAGAGUGGCUCCUACACUGGUUCAAAUGAUGGAAUUGAUGAGUGUAUAAAAUAUUACAUGCAAAAAGUUAAUCAGGUUAUUCCUGACAUUGACAUAAUAUAUGAUUAUGAAACUAUUGGUGACAGACAAUGCAGGAUUAUUAUGCAAGUUGCAGCCCAUAUUUCUGGAGCUGCUUAUUACUACCAAAAGAAACAUAUCACCAAUGAUCCAUGGGGUGAGGAAAAGAACAUUUUUGGCAUCUGCAUCCACCCAAGAUAUGGAGGCUGGUUUGCUUUGCGAUCAGUAAUCAUCCUGAAAAACUUGCAAGUUCCUGAUUUGCCUUACAUUGAACCUGUCAAUUGUGUACCAAAUGAAGACAGACAAAUUGACUUAUUAACUCAACUUAAUGAAAACUACAAAGACUGGAAAUUCCGUGAUAUCAUCUCAGUGAAAAAAAAAUACUCCGAGGAACAGAAAACAUAUUUUGCUACAAAACCUUCUGAUCGAAAACCACUCAUUAAUAAAAUAAUCAAUGCAGGAAAUAAGGCCUGA